AUGGCAACACAAGAUCUUCAAACAGUGGCACAACUUUUACAACAAGAACAAGACUUCCAAUUUCUAACUUUUGAUUCAACAGUAGCAUUAGAAUUGGGUCUUUUAAUUGUUAAAACUGCUCAACAAAAAGGAUUUCCCAUUGUAAUUUCCAUUUCACUAAAUGGACAUCUUUUGUUUCAUUAUUCCAUGCCUGGAACAUCACCAGCAGAUGUAGAUUUGGCAAAGAAAAAGAGUAACGUCGUUAAUCAAUUCCGUCAUUCAUCACUUUAUGUAGGAGAAUUUUUGAGUCAACAAAGCAAAAAAAUUGGGGAUAUACAUUUGGUUGAAGAGAAGGAACACGUGGCACAAGGAGGUGCUUUUCCAUUGAUUGUCAAAGGUGUUGGAGUUGUGGGAUCGAUUACCGUUAGCGGAUUAACGCAUACAGAAGAUCAUGAAAUGGUCAUUGGAUGUUUAAAAGAAUUCUUUGGAAAAGAAGGAAAGAAUAAAGUUGAAUGA